AUGACCGAAAUCACGAAAAACUCAGCCACAGCCAGAAGCCCUGAUAAAAUGGCAGAAGAUGAGAAAAUUGAUAGCCUGGUGGCGAAGAUCAGUGAAGAUGUGCUCACUAAACUCAGCUCCAUUCUGGACGCUAAACUUGACCAGAUAGCCAAAUCGGUUGUCUCCCUCCUGGCCGCUGUUGGGUGCCGUGCCAGCGGUGCGAGCACCGUAAUCGCUGGGCGGUACUAUGCGCCCUUUAUAUUCAGGUAUGCAGCGGUGGAGCUUCCUGUCCUCCGCUCCCUGCUUGCUUCCGUGGUGGCUGUGGUUUGGCAUGUCGGCGUUGGUGGACGCAGCCGUUCUCUGGUGUAUCCAGCUGUUGUGAUUGCCGUCAAGGCGUGCUGUCUGAAUACCGUGGCUGAGUGCUGGGGUGAAUUCCUCGGGGUGAAGCGGGGAUCUGCUGGAGCCCUGCUGGGCAUAGGAUCACAGGCUCGCUCUGGGUGUGUGCGCGUGUGUGUGAGCCGUAUUCUUGUGGCUCACACCCUCCAGUUGCCAGUUAACAGCCCGGCAGAAUCUGACUGCCACCAUCACUUCAAGCCGAGCUGCUGUUUUGGUUUUCUUUCAUUUUCGUCUGGUGAACUGUUCGUGGUUUUUUUUGAUUUGUUUGUUUGCUGCGGCUUGGAGUGGGCUUCUCAGCCCAGCACGGCUGAGUGCCGUCUGCGUCCGCUCCGUGCAGAGGCUGGUUGUGUUGCUGCUGUGCCAGAACCUGUACAGCUGCAAGGGCUACUUCAGUUGAUGGUGUUUUGUUUUUCUUUGUUAUUUAGAAAUUAAUUUAAGUAUUUACUUUUGGUAUUUUGGUUGGCUUUGUUGCAUUAGUUAGUUUAAUUGUCUUUUUUUUGUUGUUUUCUUUGUGAGUUUAUUUAGCCUUAUGUAUUGAUUUAAUUCAUCAUUUAUUGUUCUUUGGUUUUGUUUUCUUUUUUCCACACCAGUUAUGGUUAGUUUGGGCACGUUUUAUUAAUCUUUGUCUCUGUCUUCUGUGUACAGGUGCUGUGGCUUACUGCGGCAGUUAUUUCCUGGUGGUGGUGUCUUCUUCACGGUCCCCCCUUUCUUUUGGUUUUGUGUGUGUGUGUAUUAUUUGCAGUGUCACGGGUGAUUCAUUUGAGGAUUCCUCUCCCCUUUUUGGUUGUCCUGCCACAGGGUAAGCCCCAGCCCGGGUUUUUAUUCCUUGUUGCCCAUUCUUUCUUUUAGUUAGUAUAUGUUAACUGGUGUGUGACAUUAUUUCCUUCCGUAUAACUUGUAAAUAAACAUUGUUAAAUUAGAACACGUCUCGCCCCCCUGUGUUAAUGGAACCUGUUGAGCCUUAAUUGGUUUAGUGACAGUGAAACACACCUGAGCUAGGAUUUCCUGGGUGUAAGUCCCAGGUGGCGUUGUCGGGACCAUAAUUGGUCUAAUUGGCUACAACCAUUCCUCGAAUUUCGCCACACUAUGCCCAUUGGUGCUAUGGUGGGAUCUGCUCCACCUGGUGGCUUCCCUUUCUAUUGGUCACCCAAGGAGAUUACCUAUCUAGGAAUAAAAGUUUGUCCAUUUCUCAAAAAACUGAUUAAAUUAAACCUACGACUAAUCCUAACGCGCAUCAAGGAUGACUUGGAUAGAUGGAGAAGUUUACCUGUUUCUUGGUUGGGCAGGAUCAGUGUGCUGAAAAUGAAUAUAUUAUCUAUGUUGAUGUAUCCACUGCAGAUGCUACCAAAUUCCAUUCCUAACAGCUGGUUUGCAAAUUUGGAUGAAAUGUUUACACAAUUCAUUUGGCAGGGAAAAAAGGUAAGAAUGAAAAUUGGUAAACUUCAGAGAGAUAAGAUCAAGGGGGCUGGGAGUCCCUAACGUAUGGCUUUAUUACUGGGCUGCACAAAUGCUUUAUAUAUAUGAAUGGGUGAAUCCGGACACUACAAAUACAUGGAUUGACAUGGAGUCUUAGAACUGUGGCCCCCUGACACUAAAAGACUGCCCCUUUAUCUACAAGAAGGUAAAAUUGAAGGUUCGAAACAAUUUCAUUGUCAGGAAUACGCUGAACACAUGGAACAAGAUUAUGGCCUGUCUCAAACUUAAAAAUCAUUUUUCUCUUCUGGCCCCGAUAUGGAAAAACUCAGAUUUUGUUCCAUCAUGUCAUGAUGCUGUGUACAAAUUUUGGCAGGAAAGGGGCUUGGACCGGCUUGUUAAACUCUACACUGUAACAAAUUGCUGUAAAAAUACAGCAUAUUUUGUACAGUAAUAUACCGUUCUUUGUAAAUACAGCUGAAUACUGUAAAUUCAUGUGUUUUUAAAAAACAAAAUAUUAACAGCAAGCUACUGUACAAUCUUACAGCAGAUUACAGUAUUUUUCUGGUUUGGGUUGAUUUGAGUUGAUUUGCAGUCCGACUGUUACUCGUCUCGGCAAAUCUUCCUGCACAUCACCGCAUUGAGCAAACAGCUAACACAAAGAAGUGACGAAAUAGGUUUAAAAUAGUAUCUAUCAGUGAUUUUACUCAUUACUGAGGGAAGAACUGGGAGAAAAGGAAGAAUUGAGGACGACGAUUUUCAGCCCGGAUCAGACCUGCAGGGACCACCUGUAGCUGAUCCAUCCUGCUCCGGUGGUUAACUGAACAAGGUAACUGUGAUUUUUGAAAAAGUCGGCCUUACUUUUAAUUCUGUCAGUCUAUUUUAUGUUUUUUUCUGUGACAGUAACAUAAACAUAGCAAGGUUAGUUACUGCUAGGGUUGUCACCUUUCAGAAAUGAAAAUAAAGGACGCCCACCACGGCUGCCCGGGGCCACAGUUCAAUAAAGUUGUAAAGAUAUUCACAGAUUCUG